CACAUAUCCUGUAUUUUUUGCGAGCCUGGCCCUCUUCUGUCCGGUCCAGAUCGAUGUCUUAUUUGGCUCUAUUUAGGUAUAUUAACGAAUUCGGAUCUCAUCGAACAAUCAACACCGUCCCCGCGUCGUUUGCACCAACGGCUGCCACCGUUGGCCAAGGCGCUGUCUCGCGUGGCUCCCAAGGACUGCCGUUUCCUCUUCUCCAUCUUAGCCUACGCCAAGUUGCCCGCGCAACCUCGCAGUAUUGACAAAU